UGCUAACCCGAUUACAAUUUCAUUUGGUAACAUCACCCAGUGACGAUUUAACAAACGACAACUCCAGUUCAUAAUAAUCGUUUCGAGUAUAUUGUGUCAUUUACGCGAGAACUUUCCGAUAUGAUGUUAGUGGUCGUUUGCUGUUGGCUGUUAAUGUGUCAGACCUCAUCCGUUCGACCAGAUGGAAUAACUUUACCCAUAACAUCUAUAGUUUACAAAUCGUCGCCGAUAGAUAAGAAGCCGUUAUCUGUAUCUUUUACACCAAACGCGUGUAAUGAAAAACCAACGACAUACACGUCGGGUUCCAGAUCGAUAGAAUCCGUCAACAUACCUACAAAAUUACCACAAGAAUCUUGUAGUGUCCAAGAGCCCCAACCUCCGUUUAAUACGGUGUCAAUAUCGACACCUCUGAAUCCUGCACUUGAUAAACCUUUACAAAUACAAUCAUUCACCGCAAAUGCUUUUACACCUAAAACAUUAGCGUUUCCUCAAAUAGACUUAUCUUCUUUAGAAAGCAGUCAUGUUGUUAAUAAUAAAAUGAUUGAUGGUACACGCGAACUGGUUCCGCCUGUAGUGCAAUACAGUCCCAAUUACGUAAUAACUAGUACAGAUAACAGUAACAAUAAAAUAAAAUUCCCUUUAGUACCUGUAAUGCUUGAUAAUUUACCAAGCAAUAUCCAUAAAGUAAAAAUCGCUGAUUCGAAACCAAUAUUUAUAGAUUGCAGUAAAUCAUCCAAAAGUUACCAAAUACCUACAAAUCUCGCAUCGGUUAAUCCUUAUGUAAUACAAAACGUAGCCAACCCUGUACCGAAAUAUGAAGUAGUCCAAGAUACAAUAGCAGAUUAUCGUUUGAAUCUAGCAAGAGAAGAUUAUAUGAUCUCUCAAGCUUCUGCUGUUUUCGUAGAAAAUCCAGUAACAUUUUUUAAUCCUAAUAAUAAUGUUAUCCAACAACAACUUAUAAAUAAAGCAACAACAGAACCAAAGUCUACUAACUAUAUUGAAAUAUCGGCCUCCACUGGUAAAGUAGAGUAUCCUAUCAGAAACGUUAUAUUCAGUUACGGUUCAAAUAGUUGCAAUCAAUUUCAAACAGCAAGUACUCAGAAAACUCAGCCCUGUUCCAUCAUUCCACCAAAAGUUGCACCAGUAGACAAUAAAAUAGAAUUGACUCAAAUUGUCAAUGCCAUUCCGCCCCAAAUCAACAACCAAUCACCUGAGAAUAUGUAUUGUUACUGUAAUAAAAUUAAUAUAAUUCCAAAACCUGAAUCUGUAUGUUACUGUACGGGAUUACCGACUUCAUCGUCAACAUCAUGUUUGAUCAAUCCAGCUUACACCCGUGAUAAUGAAUUACCAACACUUCCUGUAUCUCAGCUACCCAACGUCAAUACAAUCAACAAACCGUCACUACGAUCUUCUACGUUACCAUGUUCUAUACCAACAAGCGCAAGUAGUUAUGACGCCACAUCAGAUACAUUUACUUCACAAUUGAGUUGCUCGUUGAAUAGUAUCAUUUCUUUAUUAACAGCGGGUUUAAUAUCAACAGUAUUUGGAAACACUACUCCUGAACUAAUACCAGAUAUUGUACCAAUAGAAAUUACAUACGAACCUAUUAAAGAACCUGCAAUAGAUAUUCCAACCACUUUUAUGAAUACAGAUACAUUCGUUUCAAAUCCUUCAAAUUCUUCAUGUCCUCCUUCUCUUAUAGAUAUUCCUGUGAUUUUGCCAAAGCCUGAAAUAGAUUUAACUUUGAAAGAUUUUGACUCACAUGAGUGCUUAAGAACACCUUCAGCUGUAUGUACACAAGAAGCUCCAAAAUGCAAGCCGUAUUUAGCAUCUAUUACUAUAAAUAUAAUGCCAAGUUUAGAGACAACGAAUGAUAUUAUAAUUGUGAUUUAAUUUUUUUAAAUGUUUGUUGUUAUUGUUGUAAUUGUAUGGAAUAAAUGUUAUCAUCAAAACUUACUACUGUUUCCUGUUGUUAUCUAGUUUUACGUAAUCUGUUAUUUCAUAUUAUAAUAAAGAUAUUACUUGUAA